AGGUGGCCCCAACAUAUCCAGUCCAGCUAGUUUUACAGGUGCGAGAGAAUGUGUUGUGGACGUAUGAACUCUGAACAAAGGGAAUUGACAGUGAAACUUAAAAGUCUUUCUUCACCUGUUGAGGAUCCAGACAGUGAACUUUUCAAAGACAGAAAAACAUUGAAAUAAUAGUAAAGGUGUACCAGAACUUUAAUACAGAUAUGACAUCAGUCCUGUCCGAGCAGCUCCAGUGCCCAGUCUGUUUGUGCCUUUUCACCGACCCGGUGAGUCUACCGUGCGACCACACCUUCUGCCGCCCCUGCAUCAGCGCUCACCUGUUGCAGAGCUCAGCGAAGAGCCAGAGCCACUGCCCAGAGUGCCGCGGCCCUUUCAGCCAGAAGGAUCUCCGGGCUCACCGUGUCUUGACCAAUAUGGCAGAUGUGGCCCGAGAGGAGGAGAAGAGUGGCCUCGCAGCGAGGGGACCAGAGGCACCGCAGGGACGCACUGUAGCCUCACUGCUGGUGUGUCCAGAGCAUGACGAGAAGUUCAAGUUGUUCUGUGAGACAGACCAGAGGUUGGUGUGUGUGAUCUGCAGAGAUGAAGAAAAGCACCGGGGACACACGUUCACACCUGUGAAAGAGGCAGCAAAGAUCAGUAAGAACAUUCUGAGGGGAGCUCUGGGGUUCCUGGUGAAAGAGAACCGUGAAAUGGAAGGACUGAACCAACAGCAGGCCUCUGAGAUCAUCAAGACCAAGGAGAAAUCUAACAGCCUGUCGGCUCACAUCUCCUCCUGUUUCGAGGAGUUGCACCAGUUCCUGAGGAGGAGGGAGGAGGAGUUGAAGGAGGAGCAGGAGAGGGAAGAGAAGAAAACUGUGGCGGCCAUGCUGAAGAAUGAUUGUGUAAUACAGAACACGCUGAUGAUUGGGAGGGAGAUGGAAGUGACUUUGCAGUCCGCUUUGGAGAUACCUGAGUCUGACUACUUUCUAGAGUGGUGGACUGAAAGAGGCCUUUCUGUUAUUGAGGGGAUGAAGAUGAAGGACACAGCCAAACCUAAUUACAGGUCAAGGGUUAGAGGUCUGUUUGUGACCCCUGACUCUCUCAAUCUCGGCCUCUACGAGACUCACCUGCCCUUCUGCAUGUGGAAGGAGAUGCUAAAGAUCAUCAAACCAGUUCCUGUGCGCCUCACCCUUAGCAGCAGUGAUGAUUCCUAUUUAAAGGUAUUAGAGGGUGGGGCCAGUGUCAGGCACGCAGACCGGAAGGGCGGCUUCGGCUUCAAUUACUACAGUGACAACGCCGCCACCACCACCGUCGUCUCCACAGAAACCGUCCAAACAGGGCAGCACUACUGGGAAGUGGAGGUGGGGGGGAAGCUGGACUGGGGGGUAGGGCUAAAGGUGAAGGAAGGUUCCGGCAAAGAGUCUGUCCUGUCUCCUCCAGAGAGGGAGAUAAUGUUGCACCUGAAGCCUGAGAAGGGCCUGGUGUUCAGCCAUGAUGGUGUGGAGACACCCCUGAUGGCAGCUGCAGGUGACCCAGGUACUCAGGCUGAGGCCCAGGCCGGGCCUCGUAGGGUGGGGCUGUACCUAGACUGUGACAGGGAGAGGGUGUCCUUCUAUGAUGCAGACAGCAUGGUUCUCCUCCACUCCUCAUGGUGCAGCUUCAUCUCCCCUUGUUCCUUAUGCCUCUGCCCCGGGCUGUACAUGGAGGGCCGCAACAAUAACCCACUGACUGUCUGUUGGUACUGACCCAGCAGGCAAACUGGACGUCAUAAUGACGUCAUUAUGAUAUAUUUUCUGACGUCAUGGUCAGGUUUUGUUCACGUCUUUUUAGUAACCAGAAAAGGAUGUAUAAAAUAGUACUUAUUUUCCAUGAUGUCUUCAGGGGUAGACCAGUUGGUAGUUAUGUAGUAUAGUUAUUUGGCAUGUUCUAAACCAAAAAAUAAAUUAGAAAGUUGUAAUUUGGAUAGAAGUCACAUGCCAAAUUUGGCUUGCUGGGGACCUGGCCCUGGUGUCCACUACCUUUCUUGAUUAUGUUGAGAAUUUCAGAAACUAUUUACCAGCUAGAAUGAUCAAAUUAUCAAUUUUGGGUUCAUCCUUUUCUAAAAUCUUUUAUUAAAUGUUUUAUUGUUGACGUUAGGGGCAUAUAACUGCUUUGUGGGGGUUCGUCCUUUUUAAGUAAUCUUACCAUGUGUUUGUGAAGGCAAGGUUAUGCUUUGUGGGGGUUCAUCCUUUUUAAGUAAUCUUACCAUGUGUUUGUGAAGGCAGGGUUAUGCUUUGUGGGGGUUCGUCCUUUUUAAGUAAUCUUACCAUGUGUUUGUGAAGGCAGGGUUAUGCUUUGUGGGGGUUCAUCCUUUUUAAGUAAUCUUACCAUGUGUUUGUGAAGGCAGGGUUAUGCUUUGUGGGGGUUCAUCCUUUUUAAGUAAUCUUACCAUGUGUUUGUGAAGGCAGGGUUAUGCUUUGUGGGGGUUCGUCCUUUUUAAGUAAUCUUACCAUGUGUUUGUGAAGGCAGGGUUAUGCUUUGUGGGGGUUCGUCCUUUUUAAGUAAUCUUACCAUGUGUUUGUGAAGGCAGGGUUAUGCUUUGUGGGGGUUCGUCCUUUUUAAGUAAUCUUACCAUGUGUUUGUGAAGGCAGGGUUAUGCUUUGUGGGGGUUCGUCCUUUUUAAGUAAUCUUACCAUGUGUUUGUGAAGGCAGGGUUAUGCUUUGUGGGGGUUCGUCCUUUUUAAGUAAUCUUACCAUGUGUUUGUGAAGGCAGGGUUAUGCUUUGUGGGGGUUCGUCCUUUUUAAGUAAUCUUACCAUGUGUUUGUGAAGGCAGGGUUAUGCUUUGUGGGGGUUCGUCCUUUUUAAGUAAUCUUACCAUGUGUUUGUGAAGGCAGGGUUAUGCUUUGUGGGGGUUCGUCCUUUUUAAGUAAUCUUACCAUGUGUUUGUGAAGGCAGGGUUAUGCUU